AUGGAAUUGUCCUCUGGAAAACUUGCAAGGUUUGCUGAUGGAUCUGCAGUUGUUCAGUUGGGGGACACUGCAGUGAUGGUCACAGCGGUCAGUAAAACAAAGCCUUCUCCAUCUCAGUUUAUGCCAUUAGUGGUUGACUAUCGUCAGAAAGCUGCAGCAGCAGGAAGAAUUCCUACAAACUAUUUAAGAAGAGAGCUUGGUUCCACUGAUAAAGAAAUUCUUACCAGCAGAGUAAUAGAUAGAUCAAUUAGACCACUCUUUCCAGUAGGCUACUUUUAUGAUACACAGAUCCUUUGUAAUCUUUUAGCAGUAGAUGGGGUAAAUGAUCCUGAUAUCCUGGCAAUUAAUGGAGCUUCUGCUGCUCUUGCAUUAUCUGAUAUCCCAUGGAAUGGUCCUGUUGGUGCAGUAAGGGUAGGAAUCGUUGAUGGAGAAACUAUUAUCAAUCCAACGCGAAAAGAAUUGUCAUCUAGUGCUUUAAACUUAGUUGUUGCUGGAGCCCCACAUAGUCAAGUCGUUAUGUUGGAAGCAACAGCUGAGAAUAUACUGCAACAAGAUUUCUGUCACGCUGUCAAAGUAGGGGUGAAACAUACCCAACAAAUAAUUCAGGGAAUUCAACAGCUAGUGAAGGAACGAGGUAUUGUCAAGAGAACUGUGCAGAAGUUGUUUGUUGCUCCUGAAGAAAUUGUGGAAUGCGCCAAAAAACUUGCUUUUAACAAGAUCUAUGCAGUGUUCACAGAUACCAGCCAUGAUAAAGUUUCUAGAGAUGAAGCAAUUAACAAAAUAAGGCUCGAAACAGAAGAGCAAAUGAAAGAAAAAUUUCCAGAGGCUGACCCAUAUGAAAUCAUGGAAUCUUUUAAUAUAGUUUCAAAGGAUAUUUUUAGAAAUCUUAUUCUUAAUGAGUAUAGAAGGUGUGAUGGAAGAGAUUUGAUGUCCAUCAGAGAUAUUAACUGUGAAGUGAACAUGUUUAAAAUGCUUCAUGGAUCAGCCUUAUUUCAGAGAGGUCAAACACAGGUUCUCUGUACAGUCACAUUUGACUCAUUAGAAUCAAGUGUAAAAUCAGAUCUUAUCUCAACAGCUGUGAGCGGAGUAAAAGACAAAAACUUCAUGCUGCAUUAUGAGUUUCCUCCGUAUGCAACUAAUGAGACCGGCAAAGUUACAGGUGUGAACAGAAGAGAACUUGGGCAUGGUGCACUCGCAGAGAGAGCUUUGAAACCAGUUAUUCCCCAGAAUUUCCCAUUCACAAUACGAGUUACUUCUGAAGUCUUGGAGUCAAAUGGAUCCUCUUCAAUGGCAUCUGCAUGUGGUGGAAGUUUGGCAUUAAUGGAUGCAGGAGUUCCAAUAUCAAGUGCAGUGGCAGGUGUAGCAAUAGGUCUUGUUACCAAAUGCAAUCCAGAGAAAAAUGGUGAUAUUGAGGAUUAUCGUUUGCUGACAGACAUCCUGGGAAUUGAGGAUUACUAUGGUGAUAUGGAUUUCAAAAUGGCAGGAACUAAUAAAGGAAUAACUGCCUUGCAGGUUGAUCUAAAACUACCAGGAAUACCAAUAAAAAUUGUAAUGGAAGCUAUUCAGCAAGCCACAACUGCUAAGAAGGAGAUUUUACAAAUCAUGAAUGAAACACUGGCGAAACCCAGACCUGGCAGAAAGGAAAAUGGCCCUGUUGUAGAAACUAUCCAUGUUCCAUUAUCAAAAAGGUUACGGUUUGUUGGACCUGGAGCCUAUAAUUUGAAAAAACUUCAAGCACAGACAGGUGUAACUCUAAGCCAGAUAGAUGAAGAGACAUAUUCUGUGUUUGCUCCCACACCUGGUGCUAUGCAUGAAGCAAGAGAAUUUAUCCGUGAAAUCUGCAAAGAUGAUCAGGAACUUAAUUUGGAAUUUGGUGCAGUCUAUACAGCCACAAUAACUGAAAUUAGGGAUUCUGGAGUGAUGGUAAAAUUGUAUCCAAACAUGACGCCUGUGUUACUUCAUAAUUCACAGCUUGAUCAAAGAAAGAUUAAACAUCCUAGUGCCUUGGGAUUAGAAGUUGGCCAAGAAAUUCAGGUGAAAUACUUUGGACGUGACCCCACUGAUGGCAGAAUGCGGCUUUCACGCAAAGUUCUUCAGUCCCCAGCCACGACUGUGCUCAAGACCCUUACAGACAAAAAUAGCAUUGUCAUGGGGGGUACAGCUCCUCAGUCAUCUAGUUCAUCCCAGUGAUUGGU